UCGCGCCCGCCGCCACCUCCGACGCGAGAGAAGAAAUGUCCCACACGGGAUCCCUUUCCAGGAACCUCUUUCUGAGCACCUUUCUGCAGGAGCAUGGCCCGGAAGUGCUGGAGGUCCCUGGCAUGACUGAUCUUGUGGAGUACUAUGAUCCAGGGCCCUCCCCUAACAGCAGCAACCCCGACGAUGUGGCCAUGCGGCUGGCCUUCAUCGGGGACGAGAUGGAAGUGAGAUGGACGCUGCCUCGCAUUGGCGAGCUGCCCGGGAUGGCUGUGCACAGCUUGGCUUUUACCUACAACCAGAUGGGCCUGAGAGGUGUUCUCCGAAGUUUCGUGGAUGGUCUCACUAACCUCAGGGAGCACAUACGGAUCUGGAGCUUCCUGACCUUCAGGAACAGGGUGUCCCCCAACCCCGGGCGCGGGCUGGUGCUGUCCCUGCUGCUGCUGGUGGUGCUGCUGCUAGGCUGGGGCCUUCAGGUCCUCCAGUGACGCCAGCUGCUGCUUGGGGCGGGGGGCGGGGCUGGCCUCGCCCCCCCUGGCCGCCACCCUGGCGGUGGCCUUGUUGGGUUUGUUGUCUUUUUAACGGUUUUCUGAUGAUGCCUUUUAUAUAUUUAAAACGGAGUGCUGGGACACUACUGAGGUUUCAUACUAGUUUUUUUCUUUUUCUUUUUGUAAGAGAAAUGAAUUCAUUAUACCUCUGGGGUCGUUGCUGGUUAACUGCCCGUGCCAAGGCCUGGCUGGGCCUGCUCUCCUGGCCCCAGCCCACGUGUGGUGGCCUGUCCCGGGAAGGAGCCUUCCUCUUGCUGGGGGGCCCUGUGGCGGGCCGUGGGGGGAGUGCUGGCCACACCCCCAUGUCUGUGAUGCCCCGGGGCAAAGAGAAAAUCUGCUGGAAUAGAUUUCUGAGGGGUGAGGAGAGCUCAAUAAAAUGUUGGUUUCCAGCUGG